AUUGGCAUAAACAGGCCUCCGCAAGUGGAAAAACAUUUAACUCCUGGACCUGUCACCCUCUGGGUCUUCUCGGUGGCCAGAGAAGGAAAGGAAAUCUGAGUGUGCACGAGCGGAGUGGGAAGCCGAACACAGCACGGACCUGAAGGCUCCUCUUCAGGGGGAGCCUGAAAUUGCAAGAUUUUCUUUCCUGCCGGAGUCUCCGAACCCAAGAAAUAGAAAAGCUAUCCAAGAUGACUGUCACGUACUCCAGUAAAGUAGCAAAUGCGACUUUUUUUGGAUUUCAUAGGUUACUCCUCAAGUGGAGAGGCAGCAUCUACAAACUACUGUACAGGGAAUUUAUUGUCUUUGCUGUUUUUUACACGGCAAUAAGUUUGGUGUACAGAUUGUUACUUACAGGAGCCCAAAAACGUUACUUUGAAAAAUUAUCAAUUUACUGUGACAGAUAUGCUGAACAAAUUCCAGUAACCUUUGUGCUUGGGUUUUAUGUCACUCUGGUAGUGAACCGAUGGUGGAACCAGUUUGUGAAUCUGCCCUGGCCGGACAGGCUGAUGUUCCUCAUCUCCAGCAGUGUUCACGGAAGGGACGAGCACGGGCGCCUGCUCAGAAGGACGCUGAUGCGCUACGUCAAUCUCACGUCUCUGCUCAUCUUCCGCUCUGUGAGCACGGCUGUGUACAAAAGGUUCCCAACCAUGGACCACGUGGUUGAAGCAGGUUUUAUGACAGCAGAUGAAAGAAAAUUAUUUGACCAUCUCAAAUCUCCUCAUCUGAAAUACUGGGUUCCAUUCAUCUGGUUUGGAAAUCUUGCAGCAAAAGCCCGAAAGGAAGGUAGAAUCAGAGACAGUGUUGAUCUACAAUCAUUGAUGACUGAAAUGAACAAAUACCGCUCUUGGUGCAGCCUCUUAUUUGGCUACGACUGGGUUGGGAUUCCACUGGUCUACACCCAGGUUGUCACCCUGGCAGUCUACACCUUCUUCUUCGCCUGCCUGAUUGGACGCCAGUUUUUGGAUCCCACCAAAGGCUACGCGGGGCAUGACCUAGACCUUUACAUUCCGAUCUUCACGCUCCUGCAGUUCUUCUUCUACGCGGGAUGGCUCAAGGUAGCUGAGCAGCUUAUCAACCCAUUUGGAGAAGAUGAUGAUGAUUUUGAAACCAACUGGUGCAUUGACAGAAACUUGCAGGUCUCUCUUUUAGCUGUGGAUGAGAUGCACAUGAGCUUACCUAAGAUGAAGAAGGACAUUUACUGGGACGAUUCUGCUGCUCGACCGCCCUAUACACUGGCAGCUGCAGACUACUGCAUACCCUCAUUUCUGGGGUCAACUGUCGAAAUGGGACUGUCCGGAUCCGACUUCCCUGGCGAGGACUGGCUGUGGAAUUACGAGAAGCACGGCCACCGCCAUUCCAUGAUUAGGAGAGUCAAGAGAUUCCUGAGCGCCCACGAACACCCCUCCAGCCCCCAGAGAAGAAGCUAUAGCCGGCAGGCCAGUGACAGCUCCAUGUUCUUUCCCCCAAGCGGUGAUGUCAGCCCAGCCAGGGAUCUGUUGGAUGUGCCCUCCAGAAGCUACCACCGUGUCCCAGGCACCCCGAACCAGACCUGCUCCCCAGAGGGGAGCAUCAAGAUGUACUCCAGCCUGGGGGAGCUGUCCACCAUCAGGGAGACCAGCCGGACGAGCACUUUGCAAAGCCUGAGUCCACAGUCCAGUGUGAGGGUCUCCCCCACCAAAAUGCCGCAGGUGCCUGAGGUACUGAUCACAGUGGCCGAGGCAUCAGUGCCUGCGUCCGAUGGCUCCAUGGCCUCCAUCCAGAGUGCAGAGUUUACUGGGGUGGAGCCAAGCGGGACUGGACAACAGAAAGUCCCCGUGGGAUUGAUUCCUUGCCCCUCAGAGAAAAGGACACCUCCGAGGGACCCCAGUCCCCAGACUAGUUCUGCCAAAGAUGAAAGAAAUGUCCCCACAUUUGUCUCUGGGAAAGACCCUAAUGAUGACAAGUUCUUGAAAAGGUGGAGCCUCCCGGGGUUCCUGGAGUCCAACUACACCUCCCCAGUGGACCUCCGCCCAGAUCCCAUGAGCCCUGAGCCCAUUCUCUUACCUGACACAGAAACAUCUUCAGAGACCAGUGGAAUCAACAUUGUGGCUGGCUCUCGAGCCUCUCCUGAUAUGCUGUAUUUAAUGGAAAACCUGGACACCAAGGAAACAGAUAUAAUAGAUUUUAACAACGAGCCAGCUGAGGAACCACCCAAAGGAAGACCAGAACCUCUAGGACCGGGUUCUAGCUGAGGUUCUUACUUCCAGCAUUAGUUCCAAAACAUACCUAAGGACUGGUCAACUUUUGAAAAAGCCUUCAUACUAUAUAAGCUACUUAAAACUACAGGGCAUUAUGAUCCUAGUGUCUGAGAACUGAGAAAAUCAAAUACAUUCACAUCAUCUGUUACAAGGUGACUUUCACAGAAGUCACACAGACCACAGCAACCUAUCUUAACCAAACAAGGAAUCUUAAUAAUAUAUCUAUGGCUUAUAAUUCAGAGAUUAUGUUACCUUUGGAAAGGAUCCUGUAGCCGAUAGUCCCCCAGUUUUGCCCCCAGACAGACAAAGUUUGCUCUCCUCCCCACUUUUUCUCUUUUCUUCAACUCCUCAGUCAUAAAGAGAGGGAUAUGGGUCACACAAUGCUGCAAAAGCUCCUUCCUAAUACGGACUCGUUGAGGCUUUCUAACCAUCUCACUACCACGUUCUCGAACUACGAUCCCUUCUUGAUUCUUAAGCUUCACAGCAUUACAACCUCCACCUCCUUUCCAUUUCUUUUUCUCUGUUUUCUUUUUAUUCUCUCAUCCUUUUGUCUUUCCCUUCUACUCUGUCCCACCUUUCAGGUUGUACUAUUUUCUGUUGCAAACUCUGCUCCUUACUUUUUGCCCUGGUUUGCAGACGAUGAGGCCUUGGCAGCACCUCCCACAGGGCAAUCAAAGAUGUCCACAAGUCCAACCUGACGCACUCGAGCCUUCCAGUGGAAAGGGCAGGGGGGCUGAUGGCAGCCAUGGCCAUUCUUUCUGUACCCACCCCCUGGUCUUGAACACUGGAGAAAUCGGAAGCCAAGAGGACAAGGAAUCUCAUAAGCAAAUGCUUAUGGAACCAAAGAGUAACAAGGCUUGAGUGUAUUUAACACGAACUCUUAAGCUAAAAUCCCAGUCAUGUCACAACAUGGGACCAGUUACUGCGUCUGCCAGGUUGUUUGGCAUGAGGUAAGAUAUUGGAGCUGGGAGGUUAAGGGGGUCCAGGAUGGCACGAUGGGGACAGGACAUUGACCAGUUCCCUCCAAGGAGUUGUUGGGGGCGGCAGUUCGUUGGGACCUCUGACUUCGUGUGGAGAAGGCCAUGUCUUAGGAGUGCUGCUCUCACUAUCUCUGUCGUAUGGCAAAGCUUGACUACAUAUGACUUAAUAAAUAAAAUAACCCUGAUUGC